AUGGUCACCACAAGAACAAGUACUCAAAGUAGAAACGCAAACAAUGAUAAAAUCAACACAAACAAUAAGGACCUUGCUAAUAACGAGAAAAAGAAAACGAAUAAUUUUGAAGUUAAAUCCGAUUCGGGACAAAAUGUAACAACAAGACCAAUUGCAACUCCUCGUACCAAAAGUCGUCGUACAACUCCACCAACUCCAACACGUACUUCUCCAAGGAACGUUCGUAAAUCAACGUCUACUCCCUCAAACUAUCCUCAUUCAAAGGUCUUUAAAAAGCAUUAUAUCAACGACAUCCCGAUCCUUGAAACUACCAUAAGAUUUAAGGAGGACGAGUAUGAUGUUUGGCGUCGUCUAGAUACUGACGAAGUUAACCUUUAUUACAUGUUGCGUGUCAGAUAUCCUACUGAUAAAGAAGAGAAUGAAUGGAAACAUGAACUUGAAAAAUUGAAAAAAGAAGUUACUGAAUAUAGAAACGUUGAAGAGGGUUAUUUUCAUGCACGUGAUAUUGCUGAAAGAUACGAAAUUUAUGAUAGUGUGUCUGUAUUAUUUGAACAUGAUAAUUUGUGGUAUGUGAGCCCAAAAAAAAGAUCAAGAAUAAAGGAAAAUGGCACAUCUAGUAAUGAGACUGAGUCAAUCAAUGGUUCAAACGUAAAAGUAGAAAACAAUUUUGAUAAUGAUCAAACAUCUUAUAAAGAACCCAAAAGAAAAGCUGCUGUUCUCGACAUCAAAGGAAAGAGACCACAACAAUCCACUGAUCGUGACCAUGAUGAUGUUAAGACGGAAGUUGCUUCUAUUAAAACGACGUACAUUCACGAGGAAAUAGCUGUUCUUAAACCCGAUGUCAAGGAUGAAAUCAAAUCGCUCAAAAGAAAAUCGGACGAACCCGACGGCCUUUUCAGUGCCUGUUCUAGAUCAAAAAGAUGUGUACUCUGGACUGGAAUUGGUGCUGCAAUCGGUGCUAGUGUGACAGCAGCAGCUCUUAACAACUUUGGAAUUGGAUAUUGGACCUAA